GGAUUCUUUUGCCAACCUUCUUCCACUCAUAACAGUAACAACACAAUGUCUGAGCACGUUGAUCAAAAGAAUCUUCAAAAAGAUCCCGUCACUGGUGAAAUGAUCUCUAAAUCUGAAUUCAAGAGACGUGAGAAGCUUCGUGCUAAGGAAGCUGCCAAGGCUGCUAAGGCUGCCGCUGCUCCUCCCAAGCAAGCUAAGGAAAAAAGUGCUGAAGAAGGUGAAGAUGAUUUGAACCCUAAUCAAUAUUUUGAGCUACGUUCCAAAGCCAUCAACAAGCUUCGUGAAGGUGGCAAUCCCAACCCUUAUCCUCAUAAGUUCCAAGUUGAAAUGACACUCCCCGAAUUCAUUGAAAAGUACAACAACAUUGAAACGGGUGAACGCCUUGAUGAUCAAGUUAUUUCUGUUGCAGGCCGUAUCCAUAAUAAGCGUGCCUCUGGUGCCAAAUUGAGAUUCUAUGAUUUACACGGCGACGGUGUCAAGAUUCAAAUUAUGGCUUCUCUUCAGGACCACGAAGGUGACGAUUAUGCUGUCACUCAUGAUCUUUUAAGACGUGGUGAUAUUGUCGGUGUUACUGGUGUUCCUGGUAAGACCAAGCGUGGUGAACUCUCUGUCUUCCCCAAGAAAGUCACCCUUUUGUCACCCUGUCUUCGUAUGCUGCCCAAGGCCAACUAUGGUUUCAAGGAUGUUGAACAAAGAUAUCGUCAACGUUAUCUCGAUUUGAUUAUGAACAAUUUUGUUCGCGAUAAGUUCGCCGUUCGUUCUCAAAUCAUUUCCUACGUUCGUUCUUUCUUGGAUUCUCGUAAGUUCAUGGAAGUCGAAACCCCCAUGAUGAAUAUGAUUGCUGGUGGUGCUACUGCUAAGCCUUUCGUCACUCAUCAUAAUGAUCUCAAGUUGGAUAUGUUCAUGCGUAUUGCUCCUGAAUUAUAUUUGAAGAUGUUAGUCGUUGGUGGUCUUGAUCGUGUUUACGAAAUUGGUCGUCAAUUCCGUAAUGAAGGUAUCGAUAUGACUCACAAUCCUGAAUUCACUACUUGUGAAUUCUAUAUGGCUUACGCUGAUAUGUACGACCUCAUGGAUAUGACUGAAGAGCUGAUCUCUGGUAUGGUCUACAAAAUCUUUGGUAAAUAUCAAGUUCAAUACCACCCUCAAGGCCCUGAAGGACCCGCUAUGGAUAUUGACUUCUCUCCUCCUUUCAAGCGUGUUGACAUGAUCCAAACUCUUGAAGAAAAGCUCAACGUCAAGUUCCCUCCUGGUGAUGAACUUCAUACUGAAGCUACCAACAAAUUCUUGAGUGAUCUUUUGAUUAAGCAAGGUAUUGACUGUGCUGAGCCUCGUACUAAUGCUCGUAUGUUAGAUAAGCUUGUUGGUGAAUUCCUCGAAGUCGACUGUAUCAGUCCCACUUUCAUUACUGGUCAUCCUAUGAUGAUGUCUCCUUUAGCCAAAAAGCAUCGUGACCGUAAGGGUCUUUGCGAACGUUUUGAAUUGUUCGUUGCUACUAAGGAAGUUUGUAACGCUUAUACUGAGUUGAACGAUCCUUUCGAUCAACGUGAACGUUUCGAAGAACAAGCCAACCAAAAGGCUGCUGGUGAUGAUGAAGCUCAACUUAUUGAUGAGAACUUCUGUCAAGCUCUUGAAUACGGUCUUCCUCCCACUGGUGGUUGGGGUAUGGGUAUUGACCGUCUCACCAUGUUCUUGACCAAUUCUAACAACAUUAAGGAAGUUCUUCUCUUCCCUGCUAUGAAGCCAGAAGAAAAUAAUUAGACAAUCCCUCCAAACCUUUUUUUUUCGUCCCGCUGUUGAACAUCAUGUAAUAAUAAUUAAAGUAUUAGAGUCAUUUACUUAAUCGUAUGCCUGGAAUGGUAGGUUGGUGUGCGGGGUAAAAAUCUUUCUGAUGACCUGUGGAAGGUAUCAGCGUAUUCAUUUUCAGCUUGAAUCAAAUGUUCAUGUAUAAUCCGGGGUUUAUAAGGCUUCUCCAGUCAACCCUCUGUAAAAAAUGCUCGAUCU